AUGGAUCUAACGGAUGAAGAAAUUGCAAGACAAAUUUCCCAAAGUACUCUGUUGCAAACAUUAUUAUCAGUAAUGAAAGCAGAAUACACUGCUGAUACACAGGCGAUUGGCUGUUUUCCCGAAAAUCCAAGACGAUCGGAAAAUGAGAAUUACAUAGUUUUCAACGAAACGGAAGAUGAGAAUAGAGUUGGAAGUGUAUAUUGGUGUCACUGUGGGAACUGCAUACCUAUGAGAACAAAUAUCGAGUCUGUAUGCUGCAAAGAAAUAACAAAUGCUGAACCAUUAAUGGAUAACCUAAAUUGCAUAACCGAACAUGAAUUGUUUAAUAUUUUCUGUAACAGAGUAGAAAAAGUAACUGUAAACUUAAUAUCUUUUGUUUACACACAAAAAGAACCAUCCAAAAAGGAUAUGAACAGGUGUAGAAGGAAAACCGCCUACAGAUCAUUUACUGGGUGGAUACAUGGAUACCUUGGUGCUGGAAAUAGAAAACCUAUUCCUUCAUGUGCUGUCGCAAGUGUAAGAAGAUCUUUCCCAGAUCCAGAUUUACUAUACCUUGGCUUCAAACCACGAAGGGACCAUGCUGCAGAAUUUAUGGCUUUUGAAUAG